GCCUCCAGGAUUCCUCCUCAGUCAGAGGAGCAGCAGGAGGAGAUCCGACCGGCCGGUGGAGCAGGAGCAGGAGCAACAGAGAGAGAACAGAAACAUUUCCUUUCAAACAUGGUUUUAUUUUUCUCCUGCGGAUGAUUAUUCCUCCAAUCAUUUAACCAGGUCUCCAGUCAUCGUCCAGUCCUGUCAGCCUGUUUGGAUCUGCAAGUUUCAAGGAAUCUGCCACCUCUCCUCAGCGGGUGUGAAUUCUUGGUCCGAAUCAUGGGGAACCAGCUGACCGACAUCGCCCCCACCUCGUCCUUCCUGCCCAGCUUCCAGUGUCUGCAUGUUGUGGUGAUCGGCUUGGACUCAGCUGGGAAAACCUCCCUGCUCUACAGGCUCAAACUGAAGGAGUUUGUGAAAACAAUCCCUACUAAAGGUUUCAACACGGAGAAAGUGAAGGUGGCAGUGGGGGGGGCCCGGGCCACGAACUUCCAAGUGUGGGACGUGGGCGGUCAGGAGAAGCUGCGGCCCCUCUGGAAGUCCUACACCCGCCGAACGGAUGGGAUAGUGUUUGUUGUGGACUCCACUGAGUUGGAGCGUUUGGAGGAGGCUAAAGUGGAGCUCCAUAAGAUCACCCGCACCUCAGAGAACCAAGGGGUGCCGGUGCUGAUCCUGGCUAACAAACAGGACCUGGACUCGGCCUUGUCCGUCGGCGAGGUGGAAAAACUGCUGUCCGUGCAUGAGCUCGGCAUCUACACGCUGUACCACGUGCAGGGCUGCAGCGCCGUGGACGGACAGGGGCUGCAGGCGGGCCUGGAGAAACUCUACGAGAUGAUCCUGAAGCGGAAGAAGACGGUGAAGCACAGUCGAAACAGAAAGAGAUGAACUCUGAGCUCCGGGAUUGUGGGCAUAACCUCGAGGAGAUCCUCUCAGCGUUGGGACACUUCUAGGCUCAAUGAGCCGUUUUUUUUUUUCCUGAAGGAGAGCAAUUUGUGCCAACAGAAAAACAGCAAUUAUAAACUGCCUUCAGGGGUCAGCAGAAAUGGACUUGCUCAUAAAACCGAAGCAGUAUUGACUUUCUUGGCGUUGGUGCCGUGGAAAGCUGAACCAUUUGAUAUCGACAACAGUCAGUUAUCACUAAGUGCUUGUUUAGGCCAUACUUAAAGAGGAUUUCUAAGAAGGACUAAAAACAUUUAUAUGAAAAGAUUCUAGAGAAGAAAAACCCUCCCGUUUCACAGAGAGGCUGUUUUUAAUUCUUUCUAAAAUAUUUAUUGGAUGCUUCUUUGUGGACAGAGGCCAGAGUUCUCCUAAUAAUGCGACGUGAAGCAAUGUUCUGUGGUUUCAGAGUAUUAAUUAUUCACUAAUAGAAAGCACAUUCCUGUCAUCAGCACAUGCAGAUGUGAAGUUUCAGUUGUUAUCAUUCCAAUGUUUAUACAAAUUGUACAUUUUUGUAAAUUUAGAGGCUGAAUAAAUCCUUAACCCUGUAUGGAAAA